AUAUAUCAAGAGAAAUAUUUGACUAGAAUUAGACCUUUUUUAUAUUUGAUAUUAACGACGUUUGAAGGUGAGGGUCAAACGACCCUUGAAGACGUUUGAAAUUGAAGGUCAAAUGGUCUUGAGGGUCAAUCACCUUUCAAAGCGUUUAGAGUUAAGGGUCAAAUAGUUUCAAGGGCCGUACGGGUUAGAGCAGAGUGAUUAGAAAGGGUCAUUUGAUCCUUAACUGCACACGUCUUCAAGGGUCGUUUGACCCUCAAGACUUUGACCUUCAACCAAAAACAAAAGAAAAUUAAAAAAAAAACAAAAAUAUCCCUAAGAGGCAUCUUUGACUACAAUUCAACGUAUUUCGUGUAAGAAAUUAUGAAAAUCGACUUGUUCUCUCAUAUUCCCCCACUGAACCCCUCCACCAUUAUUUUUUUCGUACUUCUUGCGUUGAAAUUCUUCAAGUUCGACGAUCAACAUUACGAAACUUCUCGUUUGAACGAAACCGAAAAAAAUUUGAAGAGUUUAUCAGGAUCACGGUCACCAGUGAUUGCGCAAUAAUAUCCCAGUAAAAAUCGCUGAAAAUUUAUUCUAAUCAUCUAUCGAGCAAGUAGGCAGUAUUAACAGUUUCUCUAUUCGAUUCGUGUACAUACAUAUCUAAAAACAUAUUUCUAUUUUUUUAAUUAAUUAAUCAAUUACAAAUCAUUCAAUAAUGAAUUAUUUCCGGAGCGAGAUGCAGCAAUUCAAUUUCAACACCAGUUUUCCCUGAAUACCUCUGAAUCUAACAGAGAUAGCGGAAUUUGUGUUAAGAACUUUUUUCUAGAGGGAAAAAACACGCAAAAAAAAUGUGGAGAAGAAAAUUUCGCCAUCUCCAUUAGAUUCCGAGAUAUUCACCAAAAACUGAACUUGGGGUGAAUCUCGCUAGUCUCGUUUCACAAUUUUUGUCACGUGGAAAAUGUGAUUGCUUCAUUUGUCCUUGUAAAUAAUCGUGUAUGUGGAGGAAGAACCAAGAUAUUUAUAGAACUUAUGAUAUUUUAGAGAUUUCUACAGUUGUGGAGUAGUCAAACGUAAUAGAUCAAGGGAAUUUAUUUUAAAAAAUCGUUUGAAUUCGAUUUUUACGUUUUAUUCCUUCACCUCUGAGUCAAUUAUAAGUAAUCGACUCUAAGAAUGUUGUCUAAAUUGUAUACAUGAUUUAUCGUCGAGCCAUUAAAUCGUCUUUUUCCGGAUUAGAUGAAAAAAACCCGACAUAAACCGUUACACGGAAUAAUGAUUAUUUCUACUGGCGAAUCCCUUCCUUCUGCUGUGGGGGAAUCCCAAAGAAUGUGAGCCUAGAUUUCGGGCUUCAAUUACUACUCGCCCACUUUCGUGCCAACAUCGGGCUGCUAUCUUGAAUCGUGUGAACCGUCGAGUUGAUUUAUUGUUGAUAUACAAUUGGCAAUUAAUAAAUUAAUAACAAUGAUAAUCUCUGGGAAAUUGUUCCUGGUCUCCUGGAUUUUCGUUGUGCAGUCGAUUGUUAAUUGUCAGGAUAUCGUUUUUCCUGCUGACGAGGAGCAUGAUCACCUGGGAGGAAACAAAGCGCAGUUGAACGAGAGAAUCCCUGUGCACAUCCCAGGUCGGUGUCCCGAGAACAUGUACUUGUACCCGGGCUCUGGCAGCAAGAGCACGUGGAUCUGUGACUGCAAGCCCGGGUACCUAUUCUUCCCCCUGAACAACACUUGCCACGCGGCUUACAGGAGAGGCCCUUGCAAACAGGGGGAAUACGUGACCCUCGCCCAGAGGGAAGUCGUCCCAAAAUGUGAGGUGAACCCUUGCGGGGAGGAUGGCUCAGUGUCGUUUAGGGGGGGCUGCCACCCCUUGAAUACUCGAGGCCCCUGUCCCUCCGGAGUCAUCAGGGUUAAUCACGAUACCUACCAGCUCGAUUGCCUCAGCUGAGAUCAAUUGACAUCGUUCAUUAAUAGUUUAUAAUACAAUUUUUAAAUCUCCUAUUUAACGACGAAAUGAACUGAUAUAAUACGAUUAAAUAAAUUGUAAGGAGAGGUUUACGAAUAUCACGCAA